GUAAGAAAAAUAUGGCUGAUAUUAGUGAUGAAGAAUAUUUUUUUAAGGCUGGCAGCACAGGAGAGAGAAAACAAGUGGCACAGAUUUGUUGAAGGAACUGAUCCUGAAGCAAGGACUCAUGGAUAAACGCAAGGGUCUCUUCCCAAGAAGGAGAAUGUUUCUGCUAACAACUGGGCCGCACUUGUUUUAUGUUGACCCUGUGAACAUGGUGUUGAAGGGGCAGAUACCUUGGGAUCCAACCAUCACUCCAGAAGCAAAGAACUUUAAAACAUUUUUUGUUCAUACGCCCAACAGAACUUACUACCUUGAGGAGCCAAAUGGAUUUGCACUGGAGUGGUGUAAAGCCAUAAAAGAAGUGAAGGCUUUCUAUUAUCCGAACUCUAGGAGCUAGGCAGCACGCAGGAGGCAUUGGCCGGAAGCAGGGGAAACUAUGGGAUAAAUCUGGAACCAAGUUGCUGGUCAACAUAGGAAGAGGAACACAGUGUGUUGUAUCUUGACAUCUGAGUGCAUAUAAAUGCAUUGAGAAUAGAAAUGAUCAAAUAAUGAUAAAUUGUAUAUCAGUGCAUUUGCAUAUAUGGAAUAAUUAUUUAAUGAAUACAGAUUGUUAUGUAGAUGUAA